CGGUCCCUGGAGCGUGUCCCGCCCGGUCACCGCCGCGCUCGCCCCGCCAUGCUCCUGCUGCUGGGGCUGUCCUUGGGGCUGCGGCUCUGCGCCGGGUCGCUGGAGGCGGCUCGGCCCCAGGAUGACACUUCGGAGCAAAGUGGACUCAGGGGGCCAAGGCAAGUCAGACUGUUGCAGAGGCUGAAAACCAAACCCUUAAUGACAGAGUUCUGGGUGAAGUCCACCAUCAUUUCCCGUUACGCCUUCACCACGGUCUCCUGUAGAAUGCUGAACAGAGCUUCUGAGGACCAGGAAAUUGAGUUUCAGAUGCAGAUUCCCGCUGCGGCUUUCAUCACCAACUUCACUAUGCUCAUCGGAAGCAAGGUGUAUCAGGGAGAAAUUACACAGAGAGAUAAGAAAAGUGGUGACAAGGUCAAAGAGAAAAGGAAUAAAACCUCUGAAGACAACGGGGAGAAGGGGACGGAGAUGUUCAGAGCCUCUGUGGUGAUUCCCAGCAAGGACAAAGCGGCCUUCCUCCUGAGCUACGAAGAGCUGCUGCGGAGGCGGCUGGGGAAGUACGAGCACGUCAUCAGCGUGCGGCCCCAGCAGCUGGUGGGGAGGCUCACGGUGGAAGUGAAUGUUCUGGAGAGGUCCGGCAUCACGGCGCUGGAGGUGCUGCCUUUACAGCGCAGUCGGCAGAGGGGCAGCGUCCGGGGGGAAGAUGAUUCCGGCCCACCUCCUUCUACUGUUAUCAACCAAAACGACACUUUUGCCAAAAUUAUUUUUAAGCCUACCGUGGUACAACAGGCCAAGAUCGCCCAGAAUGGCAUUUUGGGAGAUUUCAUCGUUCGGUAUGAUGUCAACAGGGAGCAGAGCAUUGGGGACAUUCAGGUUCUAAAUGGCUAUUUCGUACACUACUUUGCCCCCAAAGACCUGCCUCCCUUGCCCAAGAACGUGGUGUUUGUACUUGACAGCAGUGCCUCCAUGGUGGGAACCAAACUCCGACAGACCAAGGACGCCCUGUUCACGAUUCUCCACGACCUCCGGCCCCAGGAUCAUUUCAAUAUCAUCGGCUUCUCCAACCGCAUCAAGGUGUGGCAGGACCAUCUGGUGUCAGUUACUCCUGACAACGUCAGAGACGGCAAAGUCUACAUCCACCACAUGUCGCCCAGCGGAGGCACGGACAUCAACGGGGCGCUGCAGACAGCCAUCAGGCUGCUCAAUGACUACGUGGCCCACAACGAUGUGGGGGACCGGAGCGUGUCCCUCAUCAUCUUCCUGACCGAUGGGAAACCCACCGUCGGGGAGACCCACACCCUCAAGAUCCUCAACAACACCAAGGAGGCCGCGCGGGGCCAGAUCUGCAUCUUCACCAUCGGCAUCGGGGACGACGUGGACUUCAAGCUGCUGGAGAGGCUCUCGCUGGAGAACUGCGGCCUCACACGGCACGUCCCGGAGGAGGAGGACGCGGGCGCCCAGCUCAUCGGGUUCUACGACGAGAUCCGGACCCCACUGCUGUCCGACAUCCGCGUGGACUACCCCCCCGCCGCAGUGGAGCGCGUCACCAGAACCCUGUUCCCCAACUACUUCAACGGCUCGGAGAUCGUGGUCGCGGGGAAGCUGGCGCACCGCUCGGUGGACCGGCUGCACGUGGAGGUCACGGCCAGCAACAGCCGCAAGUUCCUCGUGCUGAAGGCGGACGUGCCCGCGCAGGCCCCGGACGCGGACGAGGGCGGCGCGGGGGCCCCGAACCCGCUGCAGCGGCUCUGGAGCUACCUGCGCACCCGAGAGCUGCUGGGCGCCUGGCGGCACAGCCACGACGAGAGCCAGAGGGAGCAGCUGGGGCGGCAGGCGCAGGCCCUGGCCGUAGCCGCCAGCUUCCUCACCCCGCUCACGGCCCUGCACUUGAGGGCGGAAGAGCUGCAGGCCCCGCAGGGCGUGUCCGCGGCCGCAGGCCCUGAACCCGUGAUGCAGAGUCUCCGAGGCGCGGGCCCGCAGCCAGGUAACCUGGCCUGGAGGCGACUAACGCAUGAGAAAAUAGUACACAGAAAGCACCCGGUCAACGUCUUUUCUGUCUUUUCUGUCCUGUUUCUCACUGGUCCGGCAGUGGAUGGAGACCCCCAUUUCGUCGUGGAUUUCCCCCUGAGCAACCUCACUGUCUGCUUCACCAUCGACGGACAGCCGGGGGACAUCCUCAGGCUCAUCUCUGAUCAUGAGGGUUCUGGCCUGACGGUGAACGGAGAGCUGGUCGGGGCGCCGGCUCCCCCCGGCGGCCACAAGAGGCAGCGCACCUACUUCCGCACCAUCACCAUCCUGGUCAACAAGCCAGAGCGGUCCUACCUGGAGAUCACGCCAAGUAGAGUCAUCCUGGAUGGGGGAGACAGGCUGGUCCUCCCCUGCAACCAGAGCACGGUGGUGGGGAGCCGGGGGCUGCAGGUGUCCGUGUCCGCCCGCGCCAACGUCACCGUCACCAUCCAGGGCACUGUCACCUUCGUCAUCCUCAUCCACCUGUACAAGAAGCCGGCCGCCUACCAGCGGGACCACCUGGGCUUCUACAUCGCCAGCAGCGAGGGCCUGUCCAGGAGCUGCCACGGGCUGCUAGGUCAGUUCCUGAACCGGGACGCCACGCUCACACGGGAGCCAGCAGGGCUCGGCGAGGCGUCUGCAACGGCCCUGCAGGUGAGAGGGCACCGGGUGCCCGUGGUCUGGAAGCAGAGAAGGAUCUACAAUGGGGAGGAGCAGGUGGACUGCUGGUUUGCCAAGAACAGCGCGGCCCAGCUCAUCGACGGCGCCUAUGAGGACUACCUGGCAGCCCAUCCAUUUGACUCGGGGACUGCGUUCGGCCCGGGGCAUCCGGGGGCUCCGACACCACGGCCUGAGUGGGGGCAUGCGUGACGGGGACACGCGGGCACGCCGCGGCACGCGCCCGGCCUCCUGACAGUUGACUGCAGCCUUGACACCCCCCUGCUGGCGUGUAGGCCCUGGGUCGGCCUGAGGGAAGGGUAGGGUCGGGCGCUGGAGCCACACUGGCGCUUCCUCCUGCGUCCUCCCCUCCCCCACCGCGACAGAGACAGGAGCACGGAGGAGAAAGGGUCCCCCGCGACACGGAAAGUGUGCGCCUCGUGGGCCCGGGGCGCGUGCAUCGGGCCGGCUGACUUGUCCCUCUCCCGGCGCUUUCCUCUGUGGGCAGGGCCACGCCUGGGCACUCUGCUUCUCGCCCGACGCUAGCGCUCGGGCAUCUCGCCGGGUCGUCCACGCGUGUGGCCGCCCUCUGCUGCAGCGGAGCCUCUCAGGGGCCCAGGCCCUGGGUCGUGCAGGCAGCGCGUAGGUUUGAUCAUUGUAAACAGUUCAGGCUUUUCUUAGGAGAGGGUUUUCUUCUGCUGUGAUAUCUCGCCCUUGAAAAGGAGUUUUCAUUAAAAAAAAUUGGUUGAAACCGGAACAGCUG